AUGCUUAAGAGUGCAUCUAGACUUCGAAAUGCUUGUUCAAUGAUGAAAUUCGCUACAAACUUCAACUCCUCAAAAAAUUUCCAAAGACUUGGACUUCCGAUAAGCCCGGAUCCCAAUUUCCCUUAUAUCCCACCAACAAGUCCUGGAAAUAUUUCUAAGGAACCAGUAAUAGAGCCAUCUUUUGAUUUCGAAGUUGACCCUAAAGCUCUGCUUGACUUGGCUAUAAUUUUCCUUUAAUAUUUUUGCCUUUUAUUAUAUUUAUUUUUUUGCGAAAUAAGAAAAAUGAUUUUUUUUUAAAAAAAAUCUAAAAUAUUCAAAAUUUUAUUGGAAAACAGCUUGAUUCAGUUAUCAGGCAUCAGAUUUAUCAACAAAAAAUUGAAGAACCUUUUUAUGUCGCUGAUCUUGGCGAUGUUGUGAGAAAACAUAAUCAAUGGAUGACCCUCUUGCCGAGGGUCAAGCCUUAUUAUGCAGUAAAAUGCAAUAGUGAUAUGGCCGUAUUGAAAACUUUGGCAUCACUUGGGACUGGUUUUGACUGUGCAAGUACAGAUUAGAUUAGCUUUAAUUAUAACAGGUCUUUGGGGAUUAUUUAAGGUCAUCGCCAUCAAAACCAACUUCAGGCUUGAAUGGCUCUAAGAGUUGGCGUCACACCACCAUGCCAUUUUCUUGUCAACAUUACCAAAAAAUGGUGACGUCAGCAGUCUAUCGGGAGACUCUCCCGAUCAUACUUGGUUUAAUUCUACGACAGAGGACUUUCCCUUAGCCCUAGUAGUGCUCAUUGCAGAAGGAAAUACCUAUUGCCUUCUUUUGGACUGCCUCGAUCAAGUAUAAAAUUGUUCCCUAGAAGUUUGAGUCGGCUUUGCGUCAACGGUUUGCCGCCUGUAGGACAAAGAAAAAAGCCUGUCUUGGAGUCCUGAUAAUGCAAAAACCCACCUGCGCCUUCCAAAAGAAUGGGAUUCACUCACCUUUGUCCUGAAUCAACUUACCAUUCACUCAUACCUAACUCUUCUAGCCACCUUUUCAAAAUUUUACAAGUACAGAAGAAAUCAAAGCAAUUAUCGGCUUAGGCGUCGAGCCAGAAAACAUUAUUUUUGCAAAUCCAUGUAAGGCAAAAUCCAACAUCAGAUACGCCAGAGAUCAAUACGUUAACCUUAUGACUGCCGACUGUGCAGAUGAACUUCACAAAAUCCACGAAAUUAACCCCAACGCAGAUGUUGUCAUCCGCAUUUAUGCUGACGACUCGAAGGCUGUAUGCAGACUUGGGAAAAAAUUCGGGAUUCCAAUUGAUCUUGUACCGGAGCUUGUACAAGAAGCUAAAGAAAUUGGGGUAAACAUUGUUGGUAUCAGCUUCCACGUCGGCUCUGGCUGCACUGAUGCAACAGCUUAUAGUGAUGCACUUUUAUUAGCAAGAAAAGCUUUUAAUGAUAUUGAAGCAGCAGGGUACAACCCAACUCUGCUUGAUAUUGGUGGAGGGUUCCCUGGGUAUGAACAGCCUGGCUUACUCCCGAAUUUCAAAUUAUCCAGCCCAUUAGCUUAUUUUUAUUAUUAUUAACUCCCCCGUGUGGGUUAAUUAUUUUUUUAAAAAAUUUUAAAGCAAUUUUUUAAAAAAAUCCUCAAUUUGUAAAAAAUGAAAUUUAAUUUGUAUAAUUUUAUGUUUUAAAUGCAAGCUGCUUAAUAUUCAACAGAAUUAUAUAAGAGAUUUCAUUAUAAUAAUUAUAAUUUAUAUAUCAAAUUUUUUUGUUCACUCACCGGUGAGUUUUUAUCCAAAAAUUAGGGUUUUUUCAAAUGCUUUUGACCACUCACAGAGGUAGUAAGUAAUGCUGAAAUUUCGAAAAAAAUAAUUUCUCUAUAAAUAAUAAAUAUUCAAGGUGAAUUAGUAAAAUUUGAUGAAAUUGCAAGCGUGAUUAGGCCAGUUCUUGACGAGCUGUUCCCUCGAAAUGUAAAAGUUAUCGCGGAGCCUGGAAGAUACUACGUUGCCAGCGCAUUUAGCUUAAGUGUAAAUGUGACAUCAAAAAAAGAAAUAAAGAAGCCAAGCGCUGAAAAAAUGUGCAUGUAUUAUGUGAAUGACGGUGUAUACGGGUCAUUCAAUAACAUCAUGUUUGACCACGCUGUGCUUCCAAAUCCUCAUAUAUAUAGGAAAGACUCUAGGAUGGAAAACAAUGAAAAUGCUUAUGAAUGCAGCAUCUGGGGGCCAACUUGUGACUCAAUGGACUGCUUGACAGCAAAAAUGAUGCUACCGGAGUUAGAAAUUGGAGAUUGGCUUUCGUUCUCAAAUAUGGGUGCUUAUACAGUUGCAGCUGCUUCUACGUUCAACGGAUUUGCGAAGGCUCGGUUGAUUUAUGUUAAUUCAGAGCUGGAGUAA